AUGACAAAGCUGUAUUCAAAGUCAAAGGAUACCUGGGUGUAUUUGAAUAAGAAUGGGACAGAAGUCAUUAACCCAGAAAAAGCCAAGAAUCCAAUUACUUUUACAUGGCUUGGGCAAUCUACUUGUUUAAUUACAAUCGAAGGCUUGGCAAUUCUUACGGAUCCUGUAUUCACUCGGCGUUCAAUUAACGAGUAUCUUGGUCCUAAACGUCUAAGACCAGUUCCUUGUGUACUUGAAGACAUCCAAGAAAACCUGGAUAUAGUUCUUGUUUCACAUAAUCAUUUCGACCAUUUGGAUAGUAAGGUAGUUGCCAAACUCGGAAACUCAGUAGCUUGGUACGUUCCUCUCGGACUUAAGUAUUGGUUUGUUGAAAGAGGCAUAAAUAAUGUCUUGGAGAUGAACUGGUGGGAGGAAACCAAGAUCAAACUGAGACCGGACAUAACGGUGGCGUGUGUUCCGGCUAUGCAUUGGAGUGGGUUUCGCACACCUUUUGACAAGAAUGAAACACUCUGGUGCAGUUUUGUGAUCAAGGGACAGAAUGAGAAUAUCUUUUUCUGUGGAGACACGGGUUAUUCUUCCGAACUCUUCAAGGCUAUAGGAAGUCGCUAUAGUCCGCUGUCACUUGCAGCGAUGCCUAUUGGUAGCUUUGAACCCGAAUUCUUAAUGAAGCACCUCCACAUGGGUCCAACUGAGGCUGUCAAGGCACACUGUGAUCUUGGCCACCCCAAGGUAUCUGUUGGAAUACACUGGGGAACAUUCAUGAUGUCGGAAGAACACUAUAUGGAUCCUCCUCGUGCUCUUAAUCAAGCAUGGAAAGAUUAUGUGAAAUCUAGACAACGAAUUCAACGAACUCAAAGAAUUCAACCUGAGCUAGACUCUAUUGAUAAUUGCUUGUCAUCAUCUGUAAGAGAGUCUGACUCGGAUAGAAUUUUAGAUAGUCAAUUUAUCACAACUGCUCUUGGAGAAACUUUGUGGAUAAAGUCAGGGUUGGAGUAA